AUGAGCUCAACGAACAAACGCACACUGAUAGCUGCAAUAGGUGAUGAAGAUACUAUAACUGGAUUGUUAUUAGCUGGUAUUGGUCAGGUUUACGAUAACAGCAAGAAUUUCUACGUCCACGAUCCAAAAGCACAACGCAGCGUUUUAGAGGAGCAUUUCAGGGAGUUUACACAAGAGAGAGACGAUAUUGCGAUAUUACUGAUUAAUCAGCACAUCGCUGAGCUCAUACGCCCAUUAGUGGAGAGACACACAGAGGCAUUCCCAGCGCUACUAGAAAUACCAUCGAAGGAUCAUCCAUAUGAUCCCGAAAAAGAUAGCGUUCUCAAGCGUGUGCAGAAGCUCGUAGGCGAGUAA